AUGCCGAGGUUGCAGAGGUACAGGGGCGUGAGGCAGCGCCACUGGGGCUCCUGGGUCUCCGAGAUCAGACACCCUCUGCUGUAAUAAGCUCUCUCUCUCCCUCUCUCUCUCUCUUUCUUUCCCUCACCAACGGGGGUUGGAUGUUGCAGGAAGACGAGGAUCUGGCUGGGGACGUUCGAGACGGCAGAGGACGCGGCGCGGGCCUAUGACGAGGCGGCGCGGCUGAUGUGCGGGCCGCGGGCGAGGACCAACUUUCCCCUCGGCACCGGUGGCGCCGCCGCGCCGGCGGCGGCGCUGUCCGCGAGCCUCGUGGCCAAGCUGGAGAAGUGCUGCAUGGCCUCGCAGCUCCAGGAAGGGUCCCCGAAGCCGGAGAAGAAGGCACCCCCGGAGGCCGGCGGCGGCGGCGGCGGCGGCGGCGAGGGGAAAUGCGACGACGACGAUGACGAGUGCAUCGAGGAGAUGAUCGAGGAGCUCCUGUACUGCGGCUCCGUCGAGAUCAGCCCCUCGUACCGGUCUGAUCCUUCUCCGAUGCAGAGAGACGAGAAGAGUUGCACCUCCGUGCCAUGUAUGUACAUCGAGAACGGCGGUAAAGCUUAG